UAACAUACUAGAUGAGCGUAAACGCUACAUACUUGGUUUGGCCGGAAAAAGAUAUAGAGGGUGGAAAGCUUUUUUUAACAAACACCUAUCUUAAGGAUAAAGAAGGAAACUUUCUUGAAGAGGCACCGAGACGUCCAAAAAAAUAUGAGCUCUUCAUUAAAGAAGAAGAUUGGGUUGAGUUUGUAAAUCAAAGAGAUGAAGCUUUCCGGAAAAGGAGUGCCACAAAUAGGGCGAGAGCAUCAAAACCCGCGUAUCCAUACAAAAAAGGGCGUUUGGGAUAUGCACGCUUAGAGGAAAAAAUUUUAGAGGAGACGAAAAGUGAGGAAACCUCACUUCCAGUACAUGUGUUGUGGAAGGAAGCUCGUGUGGGCAAGAAUUGAGCUAUUGAUCCCGAUGUUCAAAAAGUUUAUGAUGAAUGUG